CGCGCACGUCAUCCCAGCCCCAUCCCGUGAGGGGAGGGCGACGCUUGCCCCAGGGAGCUAGAAAAAUCAAGAAACCUGUUUGUAUCUUUCUGUCAAGGCUCUUUCUCCCGUCUUCGCCUCCACUUCCUGUGUUGUAGGUCCCCCUCCCCUGGCCUCAGUUUCCCCGCGCAUUCAAUAGGAGGAACCCCGGGAUUUCUUUGGGGGCGGAGAAGGGGGGGCGUUGCUUCCAAAGGAGACCCUCUUGUCACCGCACCCCUCCCGGGCGCCGAUCGCCGGGAGGGCCCUCGCAGGCCAGUGGCCGGGCGGCGGUCCGGCGGUGUCGCUGUCACAGUCAGGGGAGGAGGCAAGGUCGCAGUCUGAGGCCCCCGCCUGGCCUCGGGCGGCGCUGCCGCGGCCUCGCCAACCGUCGACCCCGGCCCGGUGAGCCGCGCACCCGGGCGCAGCGGUGCCCCCGGGCGGCGGCGGGGGCGGCUCCAUGCGGCACACGUGUGGCGACGCGAUCGCGGGCCAGGUGAGCCGGAGCCAUGGGGCAGGCGGGCUGCAAGGGGCUCUACCAGUCGCUCUUCGACUACAAGACCGAGAAGUACGUCAUCGCCAAGAGCAAGAAGGUGGGCCUGCUCUACCGGCUGCUGCAGGUCUCCAUCCUGACCUACCUGGUGGUUUGGGUGUUCCUGGUGAAGAAGUGUUACCAAGACAUGGACACAUCCCUGCAGAGCAACAUCAUCACCAAAGUCAAGGGUGUGACCUUCACCAACACCUCAGAGCUUGGGGAGCGGCUCUGGGAUGUUGCCGACUAUGUCAUCCCACCCCAGGGAGAGAAUGUCUUCUUCGUAAUCACCAACCUGGUCGUGACCCCCAACCAGCGGCAGGAAACCUGUGCCGAGAGUGAAAACAUUCCUGAUGCCUUGUGCUAUGAGGACAGCGACUGCCCUCCUGGGGAGCCUGUUGUGGCUGGAAAUGGAGUGAGGACUGGCCGCUGCCUGCGGUCGGGGAGCGAGCAAAAGGGCACCUGUGAGAUCUUCGCCUGGUGCCCGGUGGAGACAAAGUCCAGGCCAGCGAAGCCACUCCUGGGCAAAGCUGAAGACUUCACCGUUUACAUAAAGAACUUCAUUCGUUUCCCCAAAUUCAACUUCUCCAAGACAAAUGUGCUGGACACCACAGACAGAGCUUUCCUGAAGUCCUGUAAAUUUGGCCCAAAGGACCCCUACUGCCCCAUCUUCCGACUUGGGUCUGUGGUCAGCUGGACGGGGAGCAGCUUCCAGGAGAUAGCUGUGCAGGGUGGUGUGAUAGGAAUUCAGAUUGAAUGGGACUGUGAUCUUGACAGAGCUCCCUCUGAAUGUUACCCUCGCUAUUAUUUUAACCGUCUGGACAACAGAUUUUCAGAAAACUCUCCUUCUUCUGGGUACAACUUCAGGUUUGCCAAGUAUUACCGAGACGCAGCUGGGGUGGAGCUCCGCACGCUGUUUAAAGCCUACGGGAUCCGGUUUGAUGUGAUGGUGAACGGCAAGGCAGGGAAGUUCAACAUCAUCCCCACAGUAAUCAACGUGGGCUCAGGGGUGGCGCUCAUGGGUGUGGGGUCUUUCUUCUGCGACCUGGUACUCAUCUACUUCAUCAAAAAGAGCCACUUUUACCGAGACAAGAAAUAUGAGGAAGUGAGGGACCUAGAGGUCCUCGCCCGAAUGGCAGAGUCCUCGCAGCAGAGCGUGGCCCCGGACGCGGCGGGGCUGGCGGAGCAGCCAGAGGUGCAGGAUGGAGGCAGCGCCCAGAAGGAGAAUGGCUGUGUGUGCCGGCAGCUCCUCCAGCCCGCCAGGUCUGGCCACCAGGGGAAUGGAAAGGUGAAUGUGGAGCAGCUGCGGAACCUGCAGACCGUGGAGGCAUAGCCAGAGCUGUUGGCUGACAGCAGAUUUGGUGACGAUUUGAGGGCAGGACUGCCCACAGCUCUGAACCGGGAAGAGUCAUCGUCAUCCACAUGGGACGGGGCUUCCAGGCACAGCCAUCUCUCCUGCGCUUUGGGAUCCUGCUACAUGCUUUUUGUUGUGUGUGUGGGGAGGGGAGCCUCCCAGUGGCCACAGUGGCUCAUGCAGAAGAGGCCCUGGGGAGGGGAGGGGUGGAGGGCAGGCCAGGGGCCUAGGGUGUUUUCAUUUUUCCCCAAGAACUUAGUAGGGCAUUCAGUUAUUCAUUCAUUCACACAGCAAACACUGAUGCCUGCUGCGGGCUGGGCCCUGUCCAGAAGAUGCUUGAAUGAGACACUGACCUGGCCCCCAGGGAGGGGGGCAUGCAUGUAAUUCCCUUCAGAGCCGACAGACAUGACAGCUGGGCCCAGCACUCCUGCCUUCCUCCAGCCUCUAGCUGAGACCUGCACAAAUCCCUAGAGCAAAUGAUGGCUCCUCAGAGAAGGACCUUGGCCAACACCCAAGGGGACCUUUGGCCUUGCCCCCAGGGCUGAAAUUUAAAGGUGGCCAAGGAGGCAACUGGGAAAGGACUGGACCUGUGAGGAGGCAGCUGGCCAUGAGGAAGGAGAGCCUCGGGAAGCUCAGGGAUAGCGUCUCACCCAGAUGAGAGACACAUCUGCCUGUGUGGUUUGGCUCUUGCUGUUCUGUGGGGCUUGCAGUGUCCCUGCUCGGCUUCCCUCCCUGUCUCCUCUAAGGCUCCAUCUGAAGGGCUAAUGAGAUGACGAAUGGCGCUCAACCGUCAAGUGGAAACAGUUGGCCUUCAAGCCCCUCCCUCGGUGGCUGUAAAGCAUUGCUACUCAAAGUGUGGUCCGUGGACCAGCAGCAUCCGCAUCAUCUGGGAGCUUGUUAGAAAUGCAGUCUCAGGCCCCUCCCUCAUCCCCCUAAAUCAGAACCUGCAUUUCAACAAGACUCCCAGGUGAUUCAUGUGCACGUGAAAGGUUGAGAAGCAGUGCUUGAGGAGAUAUACAAAGCCUGGUUCUCAAAAGGUCAGCUUUGGUGAGUGGCGUCAAUUUCCAGGUCACUUACCGCAAGCUACCUUGAGACCAAGCAGAUUCCCCCCUUCCCUCCCUCGGGAAAGCAGCAUUAUGCUCAAUUCAUUCAAAUUAAAAUAUUUUGACUAGGUCAUACUUAAAUGACUCAAAAUUUAAGAGGUACAAAAGAACAGAAGUGAAAAGCUUCCCUCCCACCCUUUCCCAGAGGCAACCUGUGUUACCAAUUCCAAGAGGCUCACCUGUCUUGCUGAGAAUCCACUGGGUUACUCACGCCUUCCCUCAGAAAAGGAACUUUUCCUGCCGCCUGCAGUCAGACCAAGUCUCCUCCGUCAGAUGCGAGAGAAUAUGCUGGGCUAGGGAGCCGGCUGGCUCGCUUCUCCCUCUGCACUGGCUGAGGAGCCCCAGCGUAAACGCAAGGGGAGGGGUCUAGAACUCAAUCACGGUUGUUGAAACCAACUGGCAGCCCAGGCCUGCAGUGCUGCCUGUCACCCAGCAAGCCUGGGUGCUGUGUGAGUGCCUGCCCUGACUCUAGGGGGCACCCUGUCUGGGAGAGCUCUGGUUCUCCUCCGCAGAGCGGGGAGUAAACAUCUUUCCACUGGGGCCUCUGGACAAGAGGGUUGGAGGAGCAGAAAGGUCUCUGGCGAGGCUGGCCUCUGGGGCACAGGGGCGUGGUCGCCAUAACAGGACCCCUUCUAGAUCAGGCAGCUCCUCCCUUGGGCUGCCAGGUGACCUGUCAGCAAGCCCAACCUGCUGUUUGAAGAGAAAGUGAAAAAUCCAGGUGAUUUGCUGUGGUGUUUCACUUCCUCUCUAAGGCUAACCCUUGGAUCUGAUAACACAGCACGUUACUUAUAUGUUUGGGAGUAAAAAGGGCAGGGGUCACGGCCGCUCAGGAGUUGGUCUGGUCUCUCUCUUUAACCUGCUUUUGGAAUCGCUUGGCAGCAGCCGUAACACGUGAGGACAGUUGAGCUAUUUGUUUUAAGCUGGAAUGGAAAUGUCUCCCUACAGCUAUUCCUUCAGUCAGUAAAUAUUUACUGAGUACCUAUUGUGUCAGGUGUUGGACUAAAUGCUGGUGACACAGUGGCGAGCAGCACAGAAACGGUCCCUGCCCAGGUGCUCAGAGUCUAGGGGUCACACAUCAAUCACAAACGGGAUGGGGUGCUUUUAGAGUCCUCAGUGAGGAGUGGCCAGGUUUCCACAAGGAAGUGACACACAAGUUGAAGUCAGAAAGGUUAGUAGCAGUCUAACUAGGUGAUGGGGGAAGCAUCCAGGUCAGGGAACCACAUGUAGAAAAGACGUGAGAACGAGCAACUGAGGAACUGGAAUGCAGGCGGUGUCACUGGAGCAGCUUCUGUGAGCCUUUUAUCAAGUUGACGUUCUUUAAUUUUAAGGGUUGCCCCCUUAAACUUAACUGCCAUGGAAGACUUAACCUAAUUGUUUCUUCAAGUCCAGCAAAGCUUUCCAGGUGGCCUCUCCCCUACAUGUCAGAGGCCCCAUGCUCAGGAAGCCAGACUGGCCAGUGGCCCCCAUCAAAGCUUCUGAAUGGUGUCACACACAGUCAGUUCCCAUGCUUUUGCACAGCAUCACCCCUGCCCGCGUUUUUGUAUAAACUUGGUGAAUGAGUGGGAGGCUCAUUAAUCUUACAGAAACUGGCUUUGAAGUGGGAAGAAGAGAAGCAGGAAUUUGGGCACUUUCCAAACUUGGGAAAGCCCCUUUCCCUCGGUUCACCUCAUCAGGAAGAUGAUCAUGCCAGCCUCUCAAGAUCUUUCCAUGCUGACAUUUCGGUAUCACAAGAAUUGUCUAUGCUUAUGUUCAAGCCCUGGCCUAAAGCCAUCUACCUAUUCCAUGCCUUUGGAGUACCAUGAUGCUGGCCAAUGGGAAAGUUUUAAAUUGGGUGCUAUUAAUGUGACAUCAUAGGGACCAGCCACUGAAAGAGCAAAGUGUGGGCUUCCCUGGUGGCACAGUGAUUGAGAAUCCGCCUGCCAGUGCAGGGGACACAGGUUCGAGCCCUGGUCUGGGAAGAUCCCACAUGCCCCGGAGCAACUGGGCCCGUGUGCCACAACUAUUGAGCCUGAGCUCUGAAGCCCGUGAGUCACAGCAACUGAGGCCCGCGCACCUAGAGCCCGUGCUCUGCAACAGGAGAGGCCACCGCAAUGAGAGGCCUGUGCAACGCGGCGAAGAGUGGCCCUCGCUCGCUGCAACUAGAGAAAAACCCGCGCGCAGCAACGAAGACCCAGUGCGGCCAAAAAUAAAUUUAUAAGAAAAAAAAAAAAAAGAAAAGAAAGCGCAAAGUGCCCUUUACUCCUGAUGCAGUGGUCAUCGGGACUGAUCAGUCACGGAUGCCUUUUUGUGCCCCCCAAAGCCCAUCAGUUCCUUUCUCAGUGGCUAGCUGACCCCUGGGGAACCAGUCAUAAAGGGGGGAAUGUGACUUCCUCCAGGUGUCUCUGAGUACCCCAGCUAGGGUCUGCAGUGCCCUGGGAAGUCCUUAAAUCACCCCCUUUGGAAUGGCAUCUUGCAUGUCUGGGAAAGGGCUCCACUUUGUUCCAGCCUGCCCCCCACCUCCCCAAGUGGUACAACUCUCCUCAGAGCAUAUUCUCCAGUGGACCCAAGAAUGCUCUCUACAAAAGACACCUUUCUUUCAGCUG